AUGGUGAUCUUCCUUCCCAGUGUGCUGCACUGUAUUUUGGUGUGCGGCCCCUCACCUAAUGCACGCCCACAAGACAAAAUCAAGCAGCAGGUUAAGAAGUUGCAAUACCCUAUUCAAAAGCCAGAUAUUUGCCGAAUUCAAAAAUCACUUGGGGCGGUUAAGGAAACACUUGAUCUAGCUCUUCAAAAUCUUGAACUCUGUUUGGCAACAAGCAAGUUGAGCAACCUUGAGGCCGCGUCCCAACAGGCAUCAAGCAGUCUUGCUGCACUUGACUCCAAUAUCUCCACAUUACAAACCAAAUUAGACGACUUACUUGAUCGAUUUCAACAGAACGAUACAGCUGUGGCAGUCGCACUUGACGAAGAGGAUCCUAGGAUAGCCAUUUACAAGCUCGCCUACAAGCCAAGUAACUUAGCGGCGCUGUGUGCCAGCCUGGAAUCUACCACUAAUGUCCUCCGAGCGGCUUCUACAGCUGAAACGAGCUCGUGCCCUUGUCGGCGUCAGAUAAUUCGCAGGACUAACCGGGUGUCUUGGCUUCCAUGGGAUUUCUGGGAUUCUGAAACACUUCGUUUCGAACACUACAAAGGCUGCAAGUAUUUCAGAAGCAACGGCGAUGAACGGAGCCGAGUCCGGGUCUUAAGGAUUACGGGUUUCGUGAAAAAUGCCGUUAUCAUCACUUUAUACACAAGUACUGGUGCAGGUGGCCAAAGUCUCGGCGCGAACCUCGAAUAUCGUGCAACUGUUGACCGGAUGGUCUCUCCAGCCUUCCGUGUCAUGUCCGUUCUAGAGGAAUGUGCUGAUAUGCUUUACCACAAGCUGGAAGUCCAGCAAAUAAAAAACCAGGCUCAGUGGGAAAGAUUGACUCUUUCGGCGAGCCAUAAACUUGAAUAUCUCUUCAGACUGGGAAAAGCUAGCGCGAAAGAUGUCGACUCAAGGAACCAAACUCUGCUCCAUGCGGCAGCUGAGGUAGCGUCUUGGAUUUACAUUAUAAUGGACUGGGACAGGGAAAGUGGUGAAGCCUACUCUCUACCCGUGAUACACCUGGCUACACAUCUCGUCAAGAGGCAGGCAUCGGCAUCAUUAUUGGACUUGGACGGACAGCAAGCAUUGGCAAUUGCGACCCCCCGAGAACCUCUAUCAGGACCUCUCAUCGAAGCAUUUUACACAUGUGAUGCGGAUAUCCAUGAAUCAGAUUUAUCCCAUCUCAUCAACCAUCUUGAGCCUCAGAAGCUUGCUCAAACCUUUAGCAGCUUUGCUACAAUGCUAAGAGUAGCCGAUGCAUUCCACGGUCCAUUAUCAAUGGCAGUCAUAUCGAAUGAUCGGGUUCAAUUAUGCCGCCUCUUAUGGACACAUCCAGAAGGCUUUGGAGAAAGAGCGUACUAUUCUGGUCGGACUCCCCUCCACUUAGCCGUAGGCUAUCCCGAGUGCUUGCAAAUCUUAGUCGAAAGAAGCAAUCCAAGUCACUUAGUUCAAAAAGAUAAUGAUUAUUAUACGGUCCUUGGAUAUGCCAUUCUCCUCAGUAAAGCCCUUUGUGGCCAACGAGAAAACCAGGAUGGGUCUUCAUGUCGAUGUACUCUCCCUUUGAGGAUUUUGUUGGAGGGAGGUUGUCCGAUUAUACCGCGUCGGGACUUCAUGAGCGGCACUGUCGGAGAGGUGAUUGCCUCUGCCUCAAAACAUUGCAAAAUCUAUCUAGCCAAAUCCGUAUUGCAACGUCGACAAAAGCUAAAAUUAAUCGCGCAACAAUACCUUUCGCCGUUAGAAAUCGACCGCUUCAAAUUGAAUAGGCCGGUUACACUUGAUAUAUACGCUAUUCAAGUCGAUAAACUUCUUCGGGAGAGAGGAUUUAUUGAAUUUGGACCUCUGGCUACAUAUGUGAAAGAUGACAGAUUCGGAUUUGAAAGUCCCCCUAUCCAUGACAAUAGGUCUAUCUAUCACGAUCUAUCGACCGCCGAAGAUGCGAAUAUCUACUCUGAUUUGUGGUUCUCUGAUAUUACAGCUUACCUACAUAUACCUAUGAGCAUUAGUCCAGGCUUCUAUAUAAAUUUACCAUUUGCGAAAUGGUUGCUGGAUCAUGAUGCUCCCCUUUGCGAGUGGAUGCAUCAUUGGGGAUCUCCAUGGACUGGCUAUAUUGCAGAUGCUUUCGUCCUCGCACACUUUGGUGCCAAAAGGCCAGCCAGCAGACGUGCACGUGGAGGUGACGAAAAAUUGGUACGUGAACUUGAAGAACGAAUGUUGAUGGACGAUUCAGUUGAUAGCUGCUUUUGUCGGUGUUCUAUCCGAGGCUGCACGCCUUUUGUGGUAAGGUUGAAGCGAAUGAGGUUAACUGAUGACACAAUUGGUAUUGCUACAACUUAUACUACGUAUCUAAAGGAGUACGGCAACGCAUUGCGAAGGGAACACCACUAUGCCGCGAUACGGUCUAUCACUUUCGAUGCGCUGGGCAUUGCGCAUACAUGUAUGUGUAGAAAGAAAUUUAAUAUCAACCCGGAAUUGGAUGCAGAAGAAAUCGCAGAAAUACAGGAUGAGUAUGCAGAUUUGUUAGAACUCCUAGAGUCGUUGAUUGAGGAGUUUGAGACACACGCCUUUGAGACCUUUGAUAAAGCUACGGAUGGACUUGACAGUAUGAUUACUUUCUGGAACGGCCAUUGGGUCCGGAGAAUGAGUGAAAUCCACUCUGAGCUGUCUCGAGCUGGUGAAGCAAAUAAAACAGCUGCGGAAGAUGUGGGUGUUGUUUGGGAACCUCAGCCUGAGAGAGAAACGCAUGAAUGGAAAGGAUGGGACUAUUAUUUUCAACAGAUAGAGGAGAUCGAAUGAAUGGAUUGGCGAGUGCUAC